AUGAUCCGAUCACUUUCUAUACUCGUGUGUUUCCUGGGAUUAAGUGGUGUUUCAGCUGUGCCGAAGGCGACGCCAUGCGGCGUGAAGUUGAUUCCUCACAUAGAAGGCAACGGAGAUCAGAAGAUUUUCGGUGGCGUCGAGGCCAGGCCAAACAGCUGGCCGUGGCAGAUAUCCUUGCGUAAGAAGGGUUACGAGGACGUCGAGUCUGGAGGUCACUUCUGUGGAGGCACCCUGAUUAGCUGGACGCGAAACUGGUGCCUUACAGCUGGCCACUGCAUCUGCCAUGAUUACUUGGUGGAGGAUGCAGUUGUAUCCACCGUGAUGAAGCAAACCCUGCUACCAGUCUGGGAUCACAAAACCUGUAAGCGCGUUACCUUGCUGCACCUAUUCCUGCUUACCGAGAACAUGAUCUGUACUGGCUACGAGGAGGGAGGACAUGGGACGUGCAAGGGAGACUCAGGCGGUCCGCUUCAUUGUGAGGUGAACGGAGUGUGGAACGUACUUGGCGCCACCUCGUGGGGCUUCGGCUGCGGUCGCCCCAACAACCCCGGGGUCUUCACCAAGGUGUCGAAGUACAGAGACUGGAUCGAUACAGUGAUGGCCGAAAGCACUGGCAUCAGCGGCGACUACGGUAUCUUCAAGUCACGGUGUGACGAUGGGACAAAGUGAAACAUAAACGUUUCAGGGCGGCGAUUUUCACACCUAUAAGUUGAAUUGCAAGUCUUGCGAGAUAUUUCGAGGAGGGUAAUGAAGAUGCGCAUAUAAACACGUAGCGUUUAAAAUGCAUAUUGCUUUAUACUUCAAUAAGUUCAAUAGAUUCAACAUGUUUAAAAAUUUUUAUUUAUACUAAAUAUCUUUUCCGCGUAAGAAUGCUUAACAAGUUAUAGAUUGCAUGAAGUUAAGAGAUUAAUCAGAUAUGUUACUAUUUUAAUAAAGCCACACACAGAAAAUUUCAAGUUUCAGUUGCAAAAAUAAUAAUAAUUUCAUGUUUAAACAAUUGAUUUAGAAUUAUCACGUUGAGCUGUAAGUAAAAUGUGCAUGCAUUCUCUAACGCGUAAGAUAUAUGGAUGCAUCGUCACUGCCUCACUGCUUCUUUUAAUUCAGUACACAAUAAACGUUGCCAUUUUGCGGAUUACAGAUUUUGUCAUUACAUUUCCGAAUAUAACGCAAUUUAGUGAUGUAUGCACGAUUUCGAUACUGG